AUGUCCGAAGUUAUUGAGGAGCCAGCUCCGGUACCAGUAUCUGAUGCAUUACAGUCCAAUUCCAUGGCCGUGGAUGACGAUGCGCAAACAGCAGAAGCUUGCGUGAAGCAAAUCGAAUUCUACUUUUCGGAUUCCAACCUGCCAUACGACAGGUUCAUGUGGACUUUGCACACGAAGAACGACUCGCAUUACGUCCCUAUCGCCACCAUCGCAUCCUUCAAACGAAUGAGAGGGUACCUAGCCAAAGGUGUUGAUUGGAUUUCCGAUGCUCUCCGGGCAUCACACCUGCUUGAGGUAGAUGCUAAGGGUCAGAAUGUUCGAAGGAAGGCAGAUGUUAAGCCUCCGGUGAAUGUCUUGGAUCGCAGUGUGUACGUCAAAGGCUUUGGUGAAGAUGAAAAGGGCGGAGAUCUGCAGAAGGAAUUGGAAAAGUUUUUCUCCAAGUGGGGCACUAUCGUCGCCGUGCGAUUGAGGAGGGAUGACGAUAAAAAGUUCAAAGGUUCUGUCUUUGUGGAGUUCUCGGAACAAGUGUCUGCGACAGCAUUUCUCGAAGCACCAGAAUCCGAGAAGCGAUGGAAUGGCGACUCUCUUCUGACUUACUCCAAAGAAAAUUACUGUCUAAUGAAAAUGAAAGAAAAGGGCAUCAAAGGCUCUGUCGAGUCUCUACGACACCAACCUAAUCUCCCCUCACGUCCAGCCGGUCAGCGCCGAUUCGAUGCCUUCGCUCUGAUGGCGGAACAAGAGACCAACAACAAAAAUAAGUCUGCUAAACAGCAAACUACCCCUCAGGUGGUGGUUACACUUGGCUCGGAAAGUAUGAAAGUUGAGGCAAAUGGGACAGUCCUUCCCGAAAAUAUAAAAUAUCCACCAAAUAGUGCCAUCAAGUUUUCAGGUGCUGGGCCGAAUAAGGCCAAAUUCGAUGAGAUCAAGAAAACGCUAAAGCCAAUCUCGAACACGAACGUGUAUAUCGAGCUUCAACAAGGAGCGAGCGAGGGUUUUAUUGCAUUCUCGUCUACAGUGACCGAGGAGAUGCUGGCUAAAAUUAAGAAGGCUGUUCCGUCGAUUGGUGGGUCGGAGGUCACCUAUUCUAUCGCUCCAGAUGAAAACGUCCGGGAAAUCCAGACAAAGCGAAUUCAAACUGCUGCCAAACUGAAUGCGGAGAAUGCCAAGGGGAAAUCUUCUAAGGGUGGGAAAGGUGGUCAGCAGAAGGGAGGGAAUAAGCGGAAUACUGGCGCUGGCGCAAAAGGCUCCAAACCACAAGCAAUGCAAUUGGAUGCACCCCCAAAGGUUGCGUCAGCUGGAAACGAAACCAAAGCCACUGGCACUGAAUCUGUGCCUCCGACGCCGACUACCGCCACAAAGCGGAAAAUGGACGAGGCCGAAGAGUCAGACUCGACUGGGGGUAAGAAGGCCAAACUAGACAGUGGGACCGAGGCAUCUUCGUAG